CGUACGCCGAUUUCAACGUAAGGCCUCCACAUGUUUAUUGAUGCCCUCCACAUGAGAACAAUAUGUUAUAUUACUAGAUGUAUGAUUUCUUGUUCUUGUUGGGGUGGACCAUAAUCCGUCACCACCGGGUGCUUUUUCACUUUAUGGGUUAACAACUCCCGCUAACUCCGCCUAUGUGAAUCUAGAGGUGUACCCUGGCAGAAAUAUCGAGUUCAACCCAGAAAGCAGGGUUGUAUUUACUUCGUGUAGCCUAAAGUUGACAGGGAUGGCAGACGAGUCUCUGUUUGACUUUCUCCAUAUGGAGAUCGUGUCACAUAUCUACAAGGAGCAGCAAUCCAGUAAAGGAGAGAUGGACAACAAGGACAGAGCUGUCUGUGUUUCUGUCCUUGAAAGCAUGGGUUUCAGGGUGGGACAAGGACUCAUUGAAAGGUUGACCAGGGACUCUGCCAGCUUCAAGGAUGAGUUGGAUGUAAUGAAGUUUGUCUGUAAAGACUUCUGGACGAAGGUGUUCAGGAGGCAGGUUGACAACCUCAGAACAAACCAUCAGGGUACCUAUGUCCUGCAGGACAACAAGUUUUCUCUACUGACUCAACUCUCCAGUGGAAAACAGUACCUGGAUCAGGCUCCUAAGUACCUCGCUUUUUCGUGUGGCGUGGUGAGAGGAGCUCUGUCUAACCUUGGUCUUGACAGCGUGGUGACAGCCGAGGUCUCUGUUAUGCCAUCCUGUAAGUUCCAAGUGGUGAUCCAGAAGUUGUGACCAACCUGAUCCUCUCUGCUACCCUGGAGCUGAUGAACAGGGCCCUGUGGGGCUCCUUUAAUCCUAAAGAGAGGAUAGUAGUUCCAGUCCAACCACAGAGGGAAUCAAACAUCACCCUGAUUUCCACAACUGAUUCAAACAGGAUCAGCCAGGUUCUGCUGACAACCAGGUACCCGUGACAGGAGGGCUUAGCCAGGGCUAACCCUUUACUUGUCGAACUUUGACACAGAACAAGAUUUAUUUAGUUUCUUUUGCAUUUUGAUGAUUUUCAUCAUCAUGAGUUUAUUUCUCAUUUGAUUGAAACAAUGUGUGAUGUUCUCAACUUUAGUUUUCAUGAAACAAGUGGAGCCUGGCACUGACUGACCCCACUUGGCCAAGCUUUGAAAAUAAAAUAUUGACUGUCAGUGAUGUGAAUACAAUAUGAAUGUAUAGUCAAUCACAGGGUAAUUUAAUAUUCUUUGUAAUGUGUUGCAAUGUCGAGUGCCCAAAUUGAGAGGACUGACUAAGAAAUAAUUGAAAAUUAAAAAAUAAUUUAGGAUAAGACAUCAACUGCCAUACCAUCUCUUUUAGCAGCCAUCAAGAUAAUAGCUGGCGAGCCUUUGGAAAAUAAUUACACCUGGCACAUCGGAUUCAUUGUUCAACACUUGUUUCUCUGCAGACACAGAAUACGUAACUAGUUCCUGGUGCUUUGCUCUGCCUUGUAGCAGAUUGCCUUUAGGAGCUGGGUGUUUCAUGUACGCUGGUGAUCUUUGGAAUUUCAGUUCAUUAAAACGCAAAAAUGCAAAUAUAGAAUAAGUCCUUGGUACAGGAAUGUUAGUCUAAUUAUGUUUUAUUAUCAGUGUGAUAACAGUUUCUGAGCAUCACUCUGUUUUUAUGUAGUAAUAUCACAUUUAAGGGUUGACCAUUCACUUUGUACUAAAAUGUACAUUUUUGUCCUUUUGUACAGCAUUAAUGUGUACUAUGUAGUAUUGAGAUUUUCCCAGCAUAUAGAGUAAGCUGCAAAGGUGUUUGGAACGUGUUGUAUGGUUUUGAAAUCGUUUCACAUGGAUUUCUGGGUUACAUUUGUUAAUGACACUGCUUUUAAUAAAAGUCUCUUCAAAUAUGAGUCCUAAAAUAGUUCAAAACUGCGAGGCUGUACGUUUGUUCUGGUUGUUCUAAUUAUUUCAUUUUCUCAACUUAACAUUUUCUCUAAAUUGAAUUAUAAUGUUGUGGCACGAACACCACAAAAACCAGGCCUGGUAAACAAAGGACAAGACAAUGAAUACUGGUACAGGGAUAAAGAAAUUCACCUCACCAGUAGAUGCUGUGGCCUCUUUGUGCCACUAGAGGGACACACAAAGCUGACAUUAUUUUCAUGUUUGUUACUUUGACAUUUUGCAAAGUUCUUCCCACUGCCUCCUUGUCUGUUCUGCCUUGUUCUCUCAAAUCUGUAGUUUAUCUUUUUGAUGUACUCUCAGUGUUUGCCUGGAAGAUGGGACAACCUGUAGUUAAACACACUUGGCUGUACAGUGCCUUGUAUAUUUAUUUGCACAAUGUUUUGUGCUACAUAAUCAUUUCUAACAAUGAAGUAAUUCUAAAUAGUGUGUCAGUUAUUGCAAUUCCUUCCAUUAAUUAGUCAAAUAUCUGUUAUUGAUAUAAUGUAUUGGUGAUAACACAAGGUGUGUAAAUACCCCUUGCAUAUUCUAUUUUGCAUGGUAUUGUUUAUUCAUUAAAAAUAUUUAAAAAUCUA